AUGACGCUCUUGGCCAAACAGCUGCACUGCUGUGUCCCGCUGAUCUGUGUGAACACCUUGGAGAUUGACAAGACCGACGGAGGCUACAAGGACCUGCUGAUAUCGAUCAACCAGGACGUGCCUUAUAAUGAGACCAUCGUGGAGAACAUCAAGAGCCUCCUAAGGUCUUCGUCUCAUUUCCUGCACCGCGCAACCAACGGUCUCGUGUACUUCAAGCACGUAAUCAUCAACUUUCCCAACACGUGGCCCGAAAGAAGCAGGAGCCCGUCGCUUGUCUUCGAGUUCGUUCGAGAAAAGCGAUCUUACGUGUUCGUGCACGAGUGGGCCCAUUUCCGGUACGGAGUGUUUGACGAGUAUGGCCGCAGGGAUGACGACAAGUAUCCACUCACCUACUGCGACGGCAAAGAAGUAAGCCAGUUCUGCGACUCUAGCAACGGUGUGCGUGCGCACAACCCGAAUGCUCCCAACAAGCAGAAUGCGGUCUGCAAGAAGAGGUCUACGUGGGAAGUCAUUAGCGAGAACGAAGACUUCAAAGGCCUUUCGAAGCCUGACCUGUCCAAGAACAUCGAGGUAUCAUUCGAAGAGACGCAGCAGAGAGAAGAUCUACCCCAACGGGUUGUCUUGGUGCUCGACGUCUCCAUUAGCAUGGACCUGUGA